GCCCGGAGGCGGGGCCAGCGUCCAUCGCGCGGCGUGGACGGGGCGGUGGGAGUGGUGCGCGGUCCCCGCCGCUGGCCGGCCUUGGCCCUGUGUGGCUUCGCGGUCCUCAGGGCCCAGUUCCAGCAGAGAUGCCGAAGGUGAAGGCGGCGGCGAAGCGGCGGGAAGAGCGCCGGGAGCUGAAGAGCGCCGGAGGACUCAUGUUCAACAAAGGCAUCGGGCAACACAUUUUGAAAAAUCCUCUCGUUGUUAACAGCAUUAUUGAUAAGGCUGCCCUAAGGCCAACGGAUGUGGUGCUGGAAGUCGGACCUGGAACUGGCAACAUGACCGUAAAGUUGUUAGAAAAGGCCAAAAAGGUCAUUGCUUGUGAACUUGACCCAAGGCUAGUAGCUGAACUUCAUAAGAGAGUUCAGGGCACGCCCAUGGCCAGCAAGCUGCAGGUAAUGGUGGGUGACGUGUUGAAAACAGACUUGCCAUUCUUUGACGCGUGUGUGGCCAAUCUGCCGUAUCAGAUCUCUUCGCCCUUUGUCUUCAAGCUGCUGCUGCACCGGCCUUUUUUCAGGUGUGCUGUACUUAUGUUUCAACGAGAAUUUGCUCUCCGCCUGGUUGCCAAGCCUGGCGACAAGUUGUACUGCAGACUUUCCAUCAACACACAGCUGUUAGCACGCGUGGACCACCUCAUGAAAGUGGGAAAGAAUAACUUCAGACCACCCCCCAAGGUGGAAUCCAGUGUUGUAAGGAUAGAACCGAAGAAUCCACCACCACCCAUUAAUUUUCAGGAAUGGGAUGGCCUGGUAAGGAUCACCUUUGUCAGGAAAAACAAGACCCUGUCUGCUGCUUUCAAAUCAAGUGCAGUGCAGCAGCUGUUGGAAAAAAACUACAGAAUUCACUGUUCAAUGCACAAUAUUAUUAUACCAGAAGAUUUCAGCAUAGCAGAUAAAAUACAGCAAAUCCUAACCAGCACAGGUUUCAGUGACAAAAGGGCCCGUACCAUGGACAUAGAUGACUUCAUCAGACUGCUACACGGAUUCAAUGAAGAGGGUAUCCACUUUUCCUAGGCAUCUGAAGAUGGAAUGUUUCAAAGCAAGAACAGAA